UUCGUAUUGUCUGUGUGUCUUUGCUGGAAGGACAGGUGAAGUCAGGUAGGGGCGUGGUCAAAUAAGACACUGGAGAGAGGCGGAGAAAAGAACCGAAAACACACAGGUAGUCAGAUCUUAGAGUCUCACCGGCACAUGUAACAUCAAAUAUAACUUCCACCACAUCUUCGUCGGUAAUCUUUGUUGAAUCUAUCAGAUUUUAGGAUUAAUCCACGAUUCAAAGAGGAGUUGUGAUUUGAGGAGAAGCUCCUCCGUCGACGUCGCUGCAGGUUUCUCAAUGCCAACAUGGAUCACUUAUCUCGGGGCGUGUGUGGUUAACAAGUAGCUGUCAACUACCGGAAAACCUAAAGUUAUUUUUUAAAUAACGGUGUGUCAGCCGGGUCAUGGUGAUGGACCAGGACACUCAGUGGCUGUACCAAAUCCUGGCCGAGGUCCAGUUGGAGAAGUUCUAUCUGCGCGUCAGAGAUGGCCUCAACAUCACGCGCAUCGAGCACUUUUCCUACGUCAGGGAGUCCGACCUGGAGCAGAUAGGAAUCAGCAAACCCGCACAAAGAAGAUUAUGGGAGGCUCUGAAACGCCAAAAGACAAAAUCACGGUCAUGGAUCCCCAAGGUGUUGAGCGGUCGAGGUCCAGAUGGGGGGGAGCAGGGGAGCGGAAGCAACCUGCCAACGGGUCAGGACAGCGGGCGAGCUCUUCCUAGUUUGAUCCAGGACAGUGAGCUGAUCCUGGGGGAGAAGUUGGGCUCAGGGUCCUUUGGGGUGGUGAAGAAGGGAGAGUGGCACACACCCACUGGAAGAGUGUUACCUGUAGCUGUGAAGUCACUACGGUCCAGCAUGUCCAGGCACACGGAGACACUGACGGACUUCCUCCAAGAAGUGACCACCAUGCAGUCAUUAGACCACCCCAACAUCAUCCGACUGUACGGCGUGGUGCUCACACAGCCCCUCAAGAUGGUAACAGAGCUGGCCCCCUUGGGCUCCCUGUACGACACCCUGCGCUCACGUCAGUACGAGUACCCUCUGCUCCGCCUCUGGCUCUUUGCCACGCAGAUCGUGGCGGGUAUGGAUUACCUGGAGACCAGGAGAUUCAUCCACAGGGACCUGGCUGCUAGAAACGUUCUGCUGGCAUCCAGGGAGAUAGUAAAGAUCGGAGACUUUGGCCUGAUGAGAGGACUGAGCCAAGAUGCGGAUCACUACGUCAUGUCGGCACACAGAAGGAUCCCGUUUGCAUGGUGUGCUCCAGAGAGUCUUCGUGUCGGCUCCUUCUCUCAUUUGUCAGACGUGUGGAUGUUUGGUGUCACCCUGUGGGAGAUGUUCACCUACUGUGAGGAGCCCUGGUUCGGCUUGUCAGGCAGACAGAUUUUGUGGCGCGUCGAAAGGGAAGGUGAGCGUCUGGAGAAACCUCCGGAUUGCCCACAAGAACUGUACGCAGUCAUGAGGAAAUGCUGGGCCUGCAAUCCUUCUGAUAGACCCACCUUCGCCCAGCUCACCACGAUAGUAGCAGAAGCUAAACCAAUGGAGGUGCAAGCAACGAGAGACUUUGCCGAGCCUAGGAAACUUGCACUUGCAGCCAACGACCUUGUGACUGUCAUAGACCAUGGUCUCGAGCUUUGUGAGUGGAGAGGCCAGAACCAGAGGACGCUGACGGUGGGCUGGUUCCCUGCGAGCCUCACUGCGCCAUCAUUCCCUCCAGGUGUCGUCGCCACCGCCGCGAUUGUCAGUACCUCGCCGCCCAACCCUCCUCCUAGCUCCGCUCUCAUCUCAGCCCCGGUUAAGGGCAGCCUGCAACACACCGGGCACGGAGACAUCAAACCUGACCGAUGCUGGGGGACACCUGAGAGCCUGGAAGAGACCAGCAGCUGGAGGUCGAGCCCUGCCAGAGAGAAGGAGGGCUCCAAUCUGCAGAAAAUGGCAGGUAUAUCCCGAAGUCUGGAGUCAGUUGUGAGUGGACAUCGGCCUCGGGCUCAGACUGUAGGGCUGAUCAGAGUAGAUCAGCAGGGCAGACUUAUGCCCCCUGUGUUAGUAGCUCAUAGUAUGGUGGCUAAGCAGGACCCACGCCGGUUUAGCGAGGCCAGCAUCAUCCCGCCUCCACGACCACCACCACCCAACAUGAAACGUUUGAACUUGAAAUCCCAAAGGAGGCCGCCCCACCCAGGUCCAGGAACAUCCUGGCCUUCGCCGUUGGUCAUGACUCCUUCGGGGCAGACGCAACCUCAGCCUCAACCUCAAACCCAGCACCAGCCCCAACACCAGCCCCAGCAGGCCUUCGGAGGCUCCAACCUGGUUAAAAUGUCCCAGAUGGCACGUUCGACCCCGCAGCUGGACGAUUACACGGACGUCAGAGAAAGAGAUCGAGAGAGGGAGCGAAACAGAGAUCGAGAGAAGUCACCUCAUGUGCAGAACACGAGAGACAGCCUCAUCCCACAGGUGAUGGAGGCAGUUCAUGGAGUGACCAUUGAAGAAGUUCAUAUUGCACUUCAGCGCAAUGACUGGAACCCAGUACGAGCUGAGCAACAACUCAAGUUGGAGCAGCUGUACUCGCUGAGCCUCUGCUCCAAAGAGGACUGUGUGAGGGUCCUCUCCAGGUAUCAGUGGAACCUGCAGGAGGCCAGCCGCUACCUGAUCCGAUGGUCGCGAGAGGGCACCGCCGAGAGGGAGCGACCUCCAGCUAACGCAGAGAGACGAGUCUGAAGGAAUAUUCUGGCUGACUUUCUGACUUUCUUUUAUAGCAACAUCUUGCUUCACAUUAACACUCUGGACACUGGAAGAUACAAUACACUGUGAUGUGUGAAAGAAAAUGAAGAAUGAAGAUGUACAAAAGGAGAACGGUUUUGAAACACAGGAAUGUGUCUGACUGACUCCAUCCAACACACACGUUUUUACUUUUGCAAAUAGUUUUUAUAUCUUAAUGAAUUUGUAUAUACUUUAUUAGAAAUUGAAUAAAAUUGAUGAUA